AUGGGGGGCGGGUGGCAAACGAAGCAGGGAGCUGCAGAAGUAGCUCCGAUAUUCCGGAGCCGCAAAGAUGGCGGCGCCACGCGGGAGGAAGAAGAAGACCGCGAAUAUGACUCUGACUCUGCAGCCAGUGACAGGAGCAGAACAAUGACAGCUACCCCCCUCACCAAAGAGGACCUCCGCCAGCUACUAAGUGAAAUUAAGGCAAAUAUGGCUACAGAAUUUGACAGGCAUCUCACACCCAUCAGAGAAGGCCUGAUUGACUUAACCCACAGAACUUCCACUAUUGAGGAACAACUGGACCUGACAGUUACACGCACAACAGCUACUGAAAAUGCCAUAGCCGCCCUACAAGAACAGCUCCACCAGUUAGAGGAG